CGCACUUCGCGACAGUGGCAUGGUGAAUUAGGCAAUAAACUGAAAUUUACCUUCUUAUUUAUGCUGCCAUGCAUUUGUUUUCUGUUUAAUUAGGUGGUGGAUAUCUACUUUUGUUCUUUAGCGCGGCAGCGCGCGCUUUGCGUUGUUGAAGUUCGCUGAUUGUGUCGCUGCGUAAGGAUGAAGAUUAUCGAGUUCCGAAUACCGUUACCUAUAUCUCUGGAGAUGUUCCAGCGUUGUUCUUUGUACCUUGUUACUGAGGCCAGCAUAAAAGAGGUGGAAUCUGGGAGUGCUUUCGAGGUAAUGACGAAUGAGCAUUAUGAGAGGGAUGGCAACGUUGGACGUCACACAGAGAAAUGCUACCACUUUGGGAAGAACCUACCUUCAUGGUUGCAGGCUCUUCUCGGUAAAGACCUUACUAUGGUAUUUGAGGAAUCAUGGGCUACGUAUCCAUAUAUAUUUACAAAGUACAGCAAUAAGAAGUUGACUUCGUUUGAGUUUUCCUUUGAGUCAAUGAACUAUGAAGGCUUAGAUGAGCAUGAGAAUGCAUUAAAUUUGAGUGCUAAAGAUCUUUCUCGUCGUAAGGUCGUUGUUUUGGACCUAACUGAAUUCAAAAAGUGCAAGUUAUAUGAUCCUGCUUUUGAUGUGACACUUGCUAAAUCGCAAUAUACGGAUGUACUCCCAAUGCAUCGAGGAUGGCGAAAACGGCCAGGGAGUACUGGAAUGGUAUCGUACAAGGUACUUAAAGUUGAUAUUCCAUUUUUCGGUUUCUUGUCAUCUGCUGUGGAGAACUAUCUAGUAAAUUAUUUACAGGAUAGGAUGAUGGCUUAUUUGUCUCACGCCAUGGCAUCUAUUGAUGAAUGGCACAAUGCUAACAUGGACCAGCUGCGUAUUAAGGAGGAGGAGUGUUACGAGUUGUUAAAUCGUCGUUUCCGUGAGCAAAGGGGUAGCCAAUCUCAUUAUAAGAAGAAGGAGCCAAUGGCUUUACCCAGCCCGAAACCCACUUUGAAUACUGCUACUCCUUCAGAUAGUUCUGACGAGCAUGUAACUAUGCUCCCCAAACGUAAUUCUUGGGACAUAUCAGAUUCCUGGCGUGAUCAUGCAACGGUUGCAUCUACCCAAAGUGGUAUUGAAUCAGCAACGCAAAUGAAGCUUGAUGCUGAUAGUCAAGUUCCUGAAAUCGAUUUAAGUGCAAAGCCAACAAUCGAGAGGCGUUGGAGCACAGGUAGCAAGAGUGAUUUAGGGAGUAUUAGGCGUCUUUCCAUUUCACAAGUUGCUGACCUUUCCAAUGAGGAUGGGGAGUUUUGGGAUUGUAUUGAGGACUUCGAUGAGUAUGAUACUGUAUACGAUGGCUCCACUGAUAACGACUCUGAUGAGAUAGUUGCUGAGCCGAUUGUAGAGCACGAAACUGCAUCCAGUUCGGCUUCCAAGCCAUUGGACGGGCCUGCGUGCGAUAGUGUUACAUCCACCGAAAUUGGUGAGAGUACUAAUGAUGUGCCGAUUGUUAACGAAUCUGAAGCUGUAGGGAUGUUCGAUGAUUCCACUGAUUUGGGGCAGGGCGCUUCUUUGCCAUAUUCUCCGGAUCCAAUAGAGCACAAUACCGAUGACUCCAGUGACUCUCAAGGUGAUUAUACACGCUUAUCACCGGAAAACAUGGAUAUGUAUCCUGAAUUGGUCACUUCGGGUGGUAAUAAGGCACCAUUGACCUUCACUGGCUACCUUUACAAAUUAGGUGGUACUAUAUUUUACCAAUGGAAUGUGCGUUACAUUGUUAUGCGUGAAGGUACAAUGUCCUACUAUGACAAGUGUGGUGACCAGCAGCCUAAAUUUAUUAUAGAGUUGGCUGAUGCUCGCGUCACAUGGGUAGGCGAGUACAUGAGGCGCCAGAAUGUUUUUUCCUUGAUGACCAAGUCUAAACGUAUGUUUUAUUGGUGUGCUGAUACUGAACAAACGUCUAAGCGUUGGACUCUAUUGCUACAAGUGUUAUCCGAGAAAUCUCCGGAGAUGUUAAUUGGUGACCUGUCGACGGAGCGCAUAUACCGCAUCUCCAAGUUGGAAGACAGCACUGAUAAAUCACCUUCAGCGGCGUCAGAAACAUUGAUGUGAUCUAA